AACAGCACAUUCUGCACUUUCACGGGCGCCAACAUGCAAUGCUGGGAAAAAAGAUCUAAGCUCUAGACGGCGGUGAAGCGCCGCGCCACAUGCAGCCAGAGUGACCGGUGGGGCGUAGCCAUCCAGAAAGCGAUGGCCAGAAGCAGGCUACCUUGGCGUUCGACACUUCGGUGUUGAGCGCAGCAACGCGAGGUAGCUUGCAGGAGGGGAGGUCCCUGAUUUAAAUAGGCUGAUUGACCCUCCGGCCCUGAGAGUGUCUGAACAAAACUCCCACAUCGCGCUAUUUUCAAGUUAGGUUAUUUCGGACCAGGAAAGCAGUCGGUGGUCAUGACGGACGACUCGGUUGAGGGGUUCCCCCAGAACUCCAACUUCGACCUCCUCGCCAGAUUGAGAGAAGCUGCGGAGAACGAAUACGGACCCGCCUUUCGCGCAAUGCAGAACGAGUCAACAGUUGUUCAUAUUUCUCGCUCCGUUGUUGGAACACCCGGUCCAACUGGUGACCCAGUCAGCAGGGUCAGAAGCCCUGAGCCGGAAGACUUUACAGCCAAUUGGCCUGAGCCUGACAGCAACUUUAUCGGAGCAAUCACUCAAGAUCUCGGUAUUCGCCGUUAUUGCCGUCGGUGCAAUGCCGAGGUUGAUGUGCACCCGGCUAGCCUCGUGAUGUGUGCCGGCUGUGGAGGAGCACAUCGACCAGUACACAAGGGCUGUCUUUCCAAGUCACGCGACCAUCGACCCCCCCCGCCAGGAUCAAGAAGUAGAAGAGGCGACUGCGAAGAGGUUUCAUUCAAAGAAUAUGCGUACUUGACUUGGCUUCUUGACUCGAAACUCCUGCAGGGCCAAACCACCUCCCUUCACCUUGAUGACUUGCGCACGACAUGGUUUGGUGUGCCUCACGAUCAGAAGGACUCACCCCCCAAGCUUCUUAUCUGGCCACGGCUGCAUAACCUGCUCACCGAUACACCGGAUCAGCCACAUUACCAAUACCCCAGCCUGGUGUCGUUCGUCGGAGACACCGGGUCCGGGAAAAGCACUAUAAUCAAAGCAAUGAUUCUCAUGCUGGCACCGCGAGAACGUAGACGGUAUCAGGUGCCCGUCCCCGGAACCGGGAAAGACCAGUUCACGUCAACAAGCAGUGAUGUUCACUUAUACGCAGACCCCUGGACUCUCUCAGCCGAGGUUCCGAUUCUCUUUGCAGAUUGUGAAGGACUUAUGGGCACCAGCACCCCAGUGGCCCGAAGAGUCGCUAGUGCCUAUCAUGGGAUCCAACGUUCUUCUCGCAGAACUGCUCGCGCUGCAAGAGAUGAGGAUAUCCUGGUGAUGGAUCAUAGAAAAAAGGCGUCGAUGGAAGUGAGUCUGAGCUGGGCUCGUAUCGUGCAGUCGCGAGAAUCAGCUAGCAGAGCCGAGCCUCUAAGCGACGUGGAGAUGGAGUCCGAGACGAGGUACUUGGAUGAUGUCUCCGAUUACUCCGACGCUCAAGGCGAUACUUCCUUGCCUGAGCCGCUUGGACAUGUCCAAGCGGACUCGCGCGAUUUGAUCACAAAGAGCCUCUAUCCACGGUUGCUGUACGCCUUCUCGGACGUUGUUUGCUUCGUGACAUCGAAUUCAAGGGCAUCGCAGGAUAUCCUUUGGAGGCUGUUUGAAUGGUCCAAGGAUGGCCUCGAACGCACCUUCAACCAACGAGUACGGCCCGGGCUGAUCAUCAUUGUCAACAAAAACUCUCCAGACUAUGAUGAUAUGCUCCCAAGUGUUGAUGACACAACUAAAACGUUCCUUGAGAGCGUAGAGAGCUCCAGCAAGUUCGUCGAGUACCAACAGAAAUGGAGGUCUCGCCAACGGAGGAUUGGCACCGCUGUGGAUCUAAUUCAGUGCUAUUAUGAUGACUUCAGAGUCAUCUCGUUGCCCCUCCAUUCCGACAUGCCCUCAACGGCCAGCCGCGUCUCUAAGCAGAUAAAACGACUCUACCACGAGAUACGCACUCUAUCCGACAGUAUCCAUGCCCGCAGAAAGGCCCAUGAUCUGAACAUGGACCUUGCGACUUUCAACUUGUACUUUGAAAGAUCGGUCGAAGUUCUAGCACGCGACCACACCAGCUCCCUCGACUUCCAUCCCUUGUCCGAGAAUGACAGCCCGCUCCCCACGAGAUUUGGUGAGCACAUGGCGCUUGUUCUCGGGAAGAUGGCGAAUUUAGACAAAUCAAGAGUUUCUGUCUCUGGCCGCGGCGAAUUUCAGAUGAUCAAGGAUAUGGUCCCUUUUCUGGCAUGCUGUAUUCUAUGUCAGAUCUCAAGACAACUACAAGAAGAUGUGUCCAACUUACAAGAAGAGCUUGUUGACGAGGCAUGUCGCGGCCUUGAACGGUUCCGGAACAAAUUCUGGAGGUGUGAAGCCAUGUCAGGCGGAUCCCGUUGUCAGAACUACUGGGAGAGUCACGAUAAAGGACAUCAAUUUGAAGUCGCCAGAGAGUCGGCGUCAAGAGUCACGGUUGCGAACGGCGAGCCUCGCGCGCCAGAGGUAGAUUUGAUGGUCGGUCAACAUGAAUGUUCCUACGGGUCUUCUGUUGGGGAGUUCCGCGAUUUACUUUGGCAGGCGAUUCGACAUUAUGGACGACCCCGACAGGACGUUCGGAGGCGGUUGGUUUCCUUCGCCACGCAAUCGGGUCUAAGCCGCCUCGAAAGCCAGAGAACUUGUCUCGCCUGUCUCUCGAACUGUCCCACAAACGUCCUUCCAUGCAUUCAACGGCAGCAUGCUAUAUGCGAGGAUUGCAUACGCUGGCAUACGGCUCCAUCCCUGUCGGUAGGGUGCGUUAUGACGAUUGACAGCUGCCCGUUGGGUUGCCAGUUUCGGGAGCCUCCUUGGAGGGUCAGGGUAAAGCCGAAGGAAGCCCAGUCCAGGAUUCUUGUACUGGAUGGUGGCGGUAUUCGUGGAGUUGUUGAGCUCGCAAUACUUUCACGGCUCAUGGGUGAGAUUCGGUUUGAUAUCCCUAUUCAACAGCUCUUUGAUCUAGUCAUCGGCACAAGCACGGGCGGGAUCAUAGCCCUCGGGGUCUUCGAGAUGGGGUGGAACCCAGCAGAAGCGAGCCGCAAAUUUCGCGAGCUCGCCCAGCAGGCGUUUACCAAGAAGCUCCGACUCCGGAUCCCUGUCAUCAAGCAUGUUGCGGAGUACUUUUGCACAUAUCUAUACCACAGUAGCGGGAUCGAGGGCGCACUCAAGUCGGCCUUCAGCAAUGACACCUACCUGUUUGGCCAACGCAGAGAAUCAUCCAAUAAUAGGGGAGGUGAUGUAAAGGUAGGGGUUGUGUCAUGUACGAAAGGACGCGGUCAGCCGUGCUUAAUAGCGAACUACAAUCGGAAUCCGAUGCAAGGGAGCAGGAAUGCCGACUACCUAGAACGGGAGGACCAACAGAGGAGAGACUUCAAAAUUUGGCAGGCAGCUCGAGCGACUUCGGCGGCGCAAACAUACUUUGAGCCAUACAGGCACGAGCCAACAAAGAAGGUGUACGAGGACGGCGCCAUCGUCAGAAACAACCCUGUCACGGUUGCUCUGGAAGAGGAGAAACGGAUAUGGAGCUCCGAGAUCCGCCCAGAUAUUGUUGUAUCGAUAGGAAGCGGCAUCUGUGUCGAGGAUUCUGGUUCGAUAAGACGAAACGAGCGUAGUGGAGGGGGGUGGAAAAAAAUUCUACCUGCAAGAGUCAGAAAGCUGGUUGACACCGGAAUCGACAUGGUUGAAAGUACGCUAGACUGCGAAAGAGAGUGGGAAGACGCUGUCAGAUCCAACCCGCAGCUUGCGGGGAGAUUUCAUCGCCUCGACAUCGGUAUUUUCGACCAGAAACUCCCGCGCCUCGACGAAGUCGACAAGAUGGAAGAGCUCGAGAAUCUCAGUACCGGCUACCUGGCCAAAAACAGCGAAACUGGGCAGAAGUACUUCAACACUAGCUACGGCAGCGCCUACUCUCAUCUUCGCGCAGUCGCCAGGCAGCUUCUUGCGGCGCUCUUCUAUUUCUCGGACGCAGGUGCCCUAGGUAAGACCAGCGAGUACACGAAACGGCUGACUGGUGUCAUCUACUGCCGCCUCCCUCCUUCACGCGGGGCACAAUCCCUAGUAUGCGCCGCGAUGUUUAGAUUACGCGAAUGUCGGACGCCUAUGUUCGGGACCGAACUAGAUAAGCCUUAUACCCGGGACAUCAUCUUCACUAAUACCCAAGGACGGUCUUUCGACCCUUUCACACUUUCUGCGCCGGUACAAUUCGACAUCCAGGCUGGCUCGUGGACAAGGACCAUUGAGGCCUCCUUUCCAGCAAAUCGAGACUCGGGCUGGGCAACUAUCAGUGGUUUCUAGGGCAUGGGUGGGCGCCAAUUGUAGGAAUACAAAAUUUCUAGUUUGCUGAACGUGUUGAAUUUUAUUGUGGGAGGUGCCAACAUCAUCACGUCUGGUGACACGGCCAAGUACGGGCAGAGUGCUCGUUGCAUGAUGCAGAUCCUUAGCGCCCACACAACCUACGUCCAAUCCAAGCCGCUCAUGGAGAAC